AAUUCAAGCGCUCAUUGUGCUGAGAGCAGCUUUCGCGUGAACAACGUUUCAACGGAGCGCAGUGUUCGAAAGAAAUUCUACAAAAAAACAGAAAAAAAGGAGAAGAAAAUUAAGAAAAAAAAAAUAAAGAAAACGUUUUCUAACUGUUUCUGCCGAGAUCGAAUAUGUGCCUGUGUUAGUGAGAGCAGCACGCUAUGAAUCCAAUUGACCGCAUUGCGUUUCCAUUUCCGUUUCCGGUUGCAUUCUCUAUAAUCGAUACUUCUGUCUUGGAUGUGCAACUUUUGUGACUGUGAUUGUGACUGUUUUUCUGUGUUCCAUCCGCUGGAAAAAGUCAAAUAAAUAAUAAAUAAAAAAGUGAAAAAAUAAUAACAUUAAAUAAAAGGAAAACUUGAUCAGAGCGAUUCUUAGACAUGUUGAUUGAGCCGACUUUAAACCGUGACCUUGGCUCGCUUACUGUCGCUAAUUCUGGCCUCUCGGCCGCGCACUGGAAAAUGGAGCCCCAUCCCCAACGCAUCACAUCGCUGGCCCCUCAUGCUUCCAGUGUAGCGGCGGCAUCCGUGGCAGCAGCAGCAGCAGCAGCAGCGGCGGCAGCAGCAGCGGCAGCGGGAGCGGGUUCCGGAACGGCCUCCACAUCACCCACAUCUGUGCAAAUACCGCCCGGCUUUGGCGGUGGUGGCAGCGGCGGCAGCAUCUCAUCAGUAGUUCCACCUGGAGCAGCCGGAGCCACGGGGAGCACUCUCAACAACCUAAUGUCACAGCAUCGCCUUCUGGAAUUCUCACGUUUCGGUGGUCUGCGUGGCUAUGACAUUGCCCAGCACAUGCUAACCCAGCAGGGAGCUGUCUCCAAGUUGCUAGGCUCGCUGCGACCACCGGGCUUAAUUGGUGGCUCAAAGCCCAAGGUGGCCACGCCGACGGUCGUAUCCAAGAUCGAGCAGUACAAGCGAGAGAAUCCAACGAUCUUCGCCUGGGAGAUACGCGAACGCCUGAUCUCAGAAGGUGUCUGCACCAAUGCCACCGCACCAUCGGUGAGCAGCAUCAAUCGCAUCCUGCGCAACCGAGCCGCCGAACGGGUGGCCACCGAGUUUGCCCGCACCGCCGCCUACGGCCUGUAUCCGCCGCCCCCUCAUCCGUAUGGCAGCUUCACCUGGCAUCCGGCUGGCAGUGUUCCAGGUGGCCAAGGGGUACCACCACCACCACCUCCAUCUGCCUUGUGGUCUGUUGCGGCUCCCACGCUGGCCAAUCUACCGCCAAGUGCUGCCAGUGCAGUGCCAGCUCCCACUUGUGGUUCCCUGAGUUCUGCUCAUCUCAUGGCUGGUGGUGCAGGAGGUGCACCCUCUAAUAGAGCCAUCUCUCCUGGUUCUGGCAGCCAUGAUACCUUGGAGUCUGCUGAUGAAAACAGGCACAUAGACUCUGACUAUCUGGAUGAUGAUGAUGAGCCUAAGUUUAGGAGAAACAGGACCACGUUUAGUCCGGAGCAGUUGGAGGAGCUGGAGAAGGAGUUCGACAAGAGUCAUUAUCCGUGUGUCAGCACUAGGGAGAGGCUUUCCAGUAGGACUAGCUUGAGCGAGGCGAGAGUUCAGGUUUGGUUUUCCAAUCGACGAGCUAAAUGGCGUCGCCAUCAGCGCAUGAAUCUCCUGAAGCGUCAGCGCUCCAGUCCCGCCAAUCCCUUGCACUCUCAGCAGUCCAACGAUGCACCGGCCGGUUCGCCCACGCCCAGUAACCACAGUAGUGCCUCCACCUCCGCUCCAGUGGCUCCGGUUCCGCCUCCUCAGCAGCCGUUGCCACUUUGCGGUGACCAUUCCCCGCAGGCUCCGCCGCCUUCGGUGAUGUUGCACCCCCUGCAUGGACCGCCUGGUGGCCAUCAUCAUCAUCAUCCUUUGCACCUUCCCACGCAUCCAGCAGCCUUGCAACUCCUGAGUCACUAUCACCAGCAACAGCAGCAGCAGCAGCAACAGCAACAACAGCAACAGCAGCAGCAACUCUCACCUACUGGCUGCAGUCCAGCGGCGAAUCAUUUGUCCAUGGGAGGAGAAAGGAGUGCCUUUAGGAGUCUGGUUAGCUCUCCAUCGGCGGCUGCCUUCCUGGGAUUGGCCAGGCAAUAUGCAGUGGCUGCCUCCUUAACGGUGGCCGAAGAGCAACGCUCUCGAUUGCAUUACACGGCCGCUGGGGGAUUACCAGUUGGUGGAGAGGGUACAGGACCCAUUGGUGGCUCAACCAUGACGGUGGACAACUCGUCGUCCGAUUCGGAUGAGGAGAUCAAUGUCCACGACGAUUCAGAUGGUGAAAUUGAGUCGUCGUCGGCAACGGCGGCAAAGGUGGCCCGCCUGUCAUCCUCCGAUGCGCCGCCGGCCACGUUGCAAUAUCUAAAGCAUGACCGCUAGGCGGCAAAGUCUAAUUGAAAACUUGAGUUGUGCGCGCCUCUGUGAUUGACAGCAACAACAGCAAUAGCAAUUGCAAUUGUAACAGCAACAAAAACAACAACUACUUAUGAUAUUGCAAGUGCAACUUGGUGGACUGAAACACGAGAAGCGACUACAAUGUGUGGGCAAAAAAAAAAAAACAGAAAAAACAAAUCGAAAAACCAAAGUUAAAAUGCUGCUCACCUACUUGCCUGCGGUUCGGGGUCGCUAGAAAAAAACUAGAAAACAAAACUAAAAAAAAACAACAACAACAAUAUAUAAUGGGUGGCUUAAGAUUAGCAAGAAAUUGUAACUAAUACUAGGCACGAACACGCUUGCCCCAUUUUAAUGCACAUAUCCAUUGUAUACCCUACAGUUAUGCAUAAUUACUAGACUUCGCCGGCUGCCGACUUACCUCAUCACCAUUUAAGGCUAUAGCAUAUGCAAUAUAUAACUAUAUCUUAUAUUAACUUUAACUAUAGUCCUAAGAACGAUCUAUUUAUGAAUGCGUAUUAUGUAAGGGUUUCCCUUUGGGUUGCGUUUGAACUGAUAUUUGGUAGGCUAAGUGUUUUUGGCUCAAAUCGAAAGGCAACCAACCAAGCACCAUUGAGUGAGAAAGUAAAUAAAAGAAAAAGCAAAAAAUA